GUUAUUUUAGUCUUUAAGAAACAAAAACAAACUAAAAACUAUAUAUAAUGCAAGCAUCCAGCGUGCAGCCUGUGUUUAAAUUAGAAUUAAACCAUAAAGUUACAUCGGGUAUAGUUACGAUCGCGAAGUAUGAUGGAACUCAUUCGUGUCUUACUGCCUCUGCUGGAUAUGACAAAAUUAUUAUUCAUCAUCCUCACGGCGCCAUGAUAAGCGGGCGCGCUCAGCGAUCUCAAGCUCAUGGGGAAGUAUCUGAACUAAAUCUCAGUCAGGCAGUGAUAACUCUGGCAGCUGGAGCUAUAAAACCAGACUGUGCAAGAGACAUGCUAUUAAUUGGUUCUCCAACCCAAAUAUUAGCGUAUGAUGUUCACGAUAACUCAGACCUGUUUUUCAAGGAAGCCCCCGAUGGUGUCAAUGUUAUAAUUGUUGGUCAUUUCGGUAAAUAUGACGAGAAGCUAGUUAUUGUUGGGGGCAAUAGCUCAGUAAUGGCUCUAAAUUGGCAAGGAGUAGAGCAGUUUUGGAACGUAGUUAGCGGUAAAGUGUGCUCAAUGAUCACUUUUGAUUUCGAUAAAGAUGGCGAAAACGAGCUCCUCAUUGGAUGUGAAGAUUCUUACAUUAAAGUAUUAAAGAAUAAUCAAUUUAUCAUCGAGCUUGCUGAAACUGGCCCUGUUAUCUGUUUAUCACAAAUAAGCGAUGUUAGAUUUGCUUAUGGACUAGCAAAUGGUACGAUAGGAAUCUAUGAAGAAGGUAUUCGAUUAUGGAGAGUAAAAUCUAAGCAAAAUGCGAUUUCUCUGCAAUGGUCGAGUGAAAAUUUAGCUUGUUGUUGGACUAACGGUAGGAUUGACUGGCGAGAUGGUACUGGACGAGUAAUUAGACGUGUGCAGAUGCGUUCUAACGCAGCUGCUAUGUUGCUUGCGGACUAUCGGUUUGUUGGUGCACCAGACCUUAUUUGCGUAUCUGACAAAGGAGAAGUACUAGGAUAUCCUUUAAUCCAAGAAAAUGUCAGUGUAAGCACAACUUCUAGAAGAUUUCCAUCAGAAGAAGAUCGGUUAGCCAUUACGGAGUUAUUGAACAAAAAACAAGCAUUGUUGGUGGAGUUGCAACACUAUGAAGCCAAUUCCUCAAGUAUGGCUAAUCCAGAUAUUGAAAAUCCGCCGACUGCAAUGCCUACGAAUACACGACUACAAGUUGCUGUAGCUGCUGAUUCAGAAGAAAAUUGUCUUCAACUGGUAGUUUCAACAAACAACGAGACCAUUGUACGCACUGCUCUGGUACUGGCAGAAGGGAUUUUCGAGACUGGCGAAACACUGGCGAGACAUCCACAGCAAACACAGCUUAAAUCUGUUCUGUAUAUACCACUUAAACCACCUCGGGAUGUUCCAGUUGACGUUCAUAUUAAGGCAUUAAUUGGUUACGCAGAUAGUGAACAAUUUCAUAUAUUUGAAGUCACCAAGCAAUUGCCUAGGUUUUCUAUGUACACAAUAGUAUCUAAGUCCAUUAUGAAAGCCCCGGUUGAAAGUUAUGUAACAUUUCGUAUUACUGAAAGAGUACAAAGAAUCUGCAUUUGGAUUAAUCAAAAUUUUUUGCUUGAUGAAGAAGUUGAAUUGGAUAAUGAGGACACCAAAGAUUUAACUAUAGGCUUUUUAUGUCUUAGAGAUAUGUCUCACCUUGAAAUGGAAUUCAGUGCUGAUGGGCAAGUCAAGUUUAAUACACCAGAUAUUCGUCUCGCUGGAGAUUUAAUUCAAAGUUUAGCAGUUUAUCUCAAUUUGGCUGAUCUGCAGUCUACCGCCAGUUUUCCGGAAGCGGAGGAGAAAUUGCGAGUAGAAAUGGAUGUAGUGUCGGAAAUAGGAGAGACAAGGUACAGGCUGGCCGCCGAGACAGCAGAGAAGGCGCAACUCAUCACUGCACUGCUUCCCGCCGCGCAGGACGCCGCUGCUUAUGAUCUUAAAGAGAUGUUGAACAGAUACAAAGAAGUGAUUCUUCUAAACGAGGAGUUACUACUGGGUUGCCACGUGCGACGCGCUACUCAGGAGCAAGCGGUGGCUUCCCUCAAAAGCUUACACACGAUUCUUCAACAGGCAGCCAGGCUAAGAGUGGGAAAAUACAGCAAAGCAGUGGUGACAGCGUGUAGGAAAGCCGUAAGCGACAACAACGUGGAAGCUCUAGUGAAAAUAUUACAAGUCGGCGACAUUUAAUGAAACAUGAUAAUGUUGACAAAAAUAUUGUAUUCACUCAACCGUAACCAAACCUCAACCAAAAUGUAAUUUUAGCUGAGGGACAUUACCUACGGCGACUUUUUAAGUAGAUACCUACCUAUAGUAACUAUCGCAAUUAAGAUAAUCAGUGUAAAAAAUGGAAAAUAAAAGACAGCUAUCGAAUUAAA